AUGAGCGAACAAAGAGGCAUUUUUGGCUACACUGAUCCCAACUUCCCCAACCCGGGAGGUGAAUGGGAUACGCCAGUAAUCAUCUACGGCUACACACCUUCGUUCGUCCUCGCUGUCAUCGCCGAUGUAUUCUUCUUCCUCCUUCUUCUUGUCCAUACAUGGCAGGUGGUGCGCUAUCGCAGCUGGUAUUUUAUCACCGUCCCCAUUGGCCUCUUUUUCGAGAUCGUCGGUUACGUCGCGCGCUCCCUCUCAGCUAAAGCGAACCCGUAUAACCUCAUCUACUUCAUCCUCAACUACUUCUUCAUCGUCACUGCCCCCGUCUUCCUUGCUGCUGGAAUCUACACCAUCCUCUCGGCCUUGAUUAACCGCCUUGGUCGACAGUACUCGCCGCUUCCACCCAAAUUUAUUUUGUGGUUCUUCAUCACCUCAGAUGUCAUUGCGACUAUCACUCAAAUCGCCGGCGCUGCAUUGAUUGGGGUCAAGCAGUCACGCAGGGAGGACCCAACGACUGCAAACAAUAUCCUGCUUGGCGGAUUAGCCUACCAGGUUUUCUCCAUCGGAUGCUUCGUCAUGACCACGUCGAUUUUCCUCUUCAAAGCCAGACAUGCGAUCAAGGAGCACAGCCUUACGACCUUCAUUGCGGCGUUUGCCACGGCUACAUUGCUCGUCUACCUGCGUACUUGCUUCCGCCUUGCGGAGACUGCCGAGGGUCUUGGAGGGAAGCUUUACUCCAAUGAGACUUUCUUUGGCGUUCUCGAGUUUGCGCCAGUUGUACUGGCUGUCAUCUUGCUCUCUGUUUGGCAUCCUGGCAGAUGCGUGGCUAGGAAAGCCUCUGGAGGCAUAGGUGAUGUUGAGAAGUCAAGGGUCUGCAGCAAUGAGUCUGUUCAGAAGUAA